CUAAAAGUACGUAAUCUUUUCACCUCUUUCAAAGCAUCGUCGGUCUUUGGGCUGAAGUUUUAUAUUUGAAUCCCACAUAGAUUGUUUUGAUUAGGUUGUGAUAAGCGAUAACAUUUGCUUGUUCGAACUUUUGAAAGGUUUUCAUUUCUAUUUUGUGUGCUAUUCGCGGGUUACCACUGGUUUGUUUAUCACCUUUGCGGUCGUGUGGUAUAAGUUCUUCAGAAAGUUUUGAUGUGUGACCUUCUUCAGUUCUUUGAUCCAUUUUCGAGCCUGUCACUAUCAUUAUUUUGGUUUUAGCGCCAGAUAUACUUACUCUGCAGGAAGGAGAGUUAAAUUUUGUGGACCACUCAUAAUCCAGACGACUCAUGAUCGCUCGACUUUAGCGCAGGAUACCUCCUCACACUCCAAUUCUGAUCGAUACAUCAAUCUGAAUGCAGAUACUAUGCGCAAGGAUCGAGAUGGCAGAAAAUAAUUGGCCUUGCCCCUGAAUAGCAGCCUUAUAUUAACCUGCAGAUCUGAAUGCAAGAAUAGCGUCAGGAAAUGUCUGAAACCAGUGGCACUUCAAUAGUUAAUAUUAAAAUGGAACCAGGCAUUGAUGGUACUGGUGAAAAGAAUUUCGAUCUCAACAAUGUGACUGAUUUAUCGCAAACAUGUCGGGCGUGUGCUUGUGUCGAUACCUAUUUCAUACCUGUUUUCGAUGGACAAGGGAUUGAACAUGAUCUAGGAGCCAAAAUCAACCAGUAUUUACCAAUUAUUGUCUCAAAAGCUGAUGAGUUACCAACUCAGUUAUGCUAUCAAUGUGCCUCACUGCUUGUAACAUGGCAUGAAAUGUUCAUAGGAUCCUUAAAAGCAGAAGAAAAUCUCAGGAAACUAAAAUUAAGACUGAAUGCAAAAAAUGCGUACAAUGUGGAUGAUGAAGGACGAGGGGCGGAAAGUGAAGAGCUGGACAGCAAUCCAGAGUUCAUUCUAGGGACUGAAAUGGAAGAAGAGAUCUCUCGACCUCUCAUUGUUUCCGCUCAACCUAUUAGUAAGAAGAAAAGCGAAGAAAGCGUACAAAACAAUCAUUCGGAUAGCGAUGAUAGCAAAGAUUUUCAAGCUCUGUAUGGAAUAAAUUCAGAGGAAUUGCCUAGGAACGAUCCAUUAAAUGAUGUAGGCGUAAAAUUUAAGGUGAUAGAACCAUUAAAGUUGCCAGAUUACUCGAAUUUUGUGGUUUGUAAACUGUGUGGCGAAUGUAUUAAUACAAGUCAAACACCUAUGACUGAGCACGAGAAAACUUCUCAUGGAAUCAAAAGUAAGAAAUCUCUUGUAAAAAGUCUGUCAUGCGUUUGCGAGUAUUGCGGCAAAGUAUUUGCAACUCAGCGAAGAGCGACAUAUCACAGACGCCAUGUACAUUUGCAAAAUACCAAGGAUAACGGUGAACCCAAAGAAAAGAUAUGUGAAGUCUGUGGUGCAGUGUUGCAAUCGUCAAAAAAGUUGAGAGAGCACAGAAGGAACAACCACGUAACUGCUCGAAACUUCCAGUGUGUCGUGUGUUUGAUGUGUUUUAAAUUGAAAGAAACACUUGUCAGUCAUCAAAAGAAUGCACACAACGUCUUCGUCGGUGAAAAGUAUCAACCCUCAUUUCAUCGACAGGCCCGUCCUUGUACCAUAUGUGGUGUAGAAUUAGCCUCAAACUUUAGUCUGAGGCGCCAUUUGUAUAUCAAGCAUGGACAGAAAAUUGACGAGAAAUUCUCAUUCAAAGUAAAAACCUUUGAGUGUGAUCACUGCGAUCGUACGUUUAAUAAUAAAAUUUCUUUUCUUCGUCAUCGAGAUAAAGUUCUUGGGGGCCAAUUGGAGAAGAAAUUCAAGUGUGAAUUUUGUCCAAGAGGAUUUUUCUGCCAUACAGACUUUAUUCGUCACUGCCGCACUCAUAAACAAGCGAUUUCUUGAUAUUUUAAAUGAUAGAAAUGUAUCUUCAAAUGUUACCCAAAUGCCAGUCAUUGUUGUACUAAUACUUGUCAUUAAAAAACGGACCCAAAAACUUUCAGAGAUAAAUCCAAAAACAAAAAUCCAUCAGAGUUUCUAAUAGAUGUUGCUUGCGCAAUUUAAUUGUGUUACUCAUUUUACUUUAUCUGUUAAGAAACUGACUUAUUCAUUCCAAAAAUUUACUCAGAUCCUACAGAAAAGAACUGACUAAUAGUUAGUGGACUCAGUUUGUAAAAAAGAGAUACUCGAGUUUAAUACAUCAUAAGACUUUCAUUUCAGUUUAAAAUUUAAGUUUGUAUUACUUAUUACUUAAUAUGAAUUUAAGAUACUAUGGAAGCAGUUUUACUCAAAUCAGCUCCUACCUCAGCCUGCAGGAAAAUUUGGAUUUAUCUCUUUUUCCAAAGUCCUAUCUUAUUCUUAGUAUGCUUCACUGUCCAAAAUCGUCAUCCUAUAUUUCUUAAUCUUUUUUUAAAUCGUUAAACAGCAGAAGUACCUUCAAAAUUUAAUUAUGAAGUUCAAAAAGAUGACAUCUUCAUUGUCUUAAACUUUUUUCUCAACUUUUCCCUAUGAAGGCUGAUGUAUUAAGUCAAAUUCCUCCACAGAAGGGUAGAUUUUAGAGUCAAUAUUGAACGACCUAGAUUGAUAAAGCAUUUCUAGGAUAGGGCUUCAUUAAUCAAGGUAUUUUAAUAAUAAUUCAUCACCUGCAGGAAAGAGAUUUUAGGUUCUAAAUACUUCUUUCCUGUAGAAAUGAAAAACUCACAUCCAGGCGUACAGUCAGAUCAUUGCAUGUUGCUUAAAUUCCCCGUAUUUUCAAUUAUUUAACGAAAAACUGUGCAGUAGGUAUAAUGCCUCAGAGCUGUCCUUGGAAUUCUUCUAGAAUACGAACAUCAAACACCCAAAUUUUUGCGGCAGUUGAAAAAUAAAGAAAUGAAUAAAGAUUAAGAAAAAUAGAAUGUGAAAAAAAUCAGGCAGCAUAAGUUGUAGUCGGGAAAGUUCUACUCAAAAGUCAUCGAAGUAAUAGGUGCUAACCGAGGUCACUCUAAAAGGCUGUUUGUAUAAACACAUAAUUCAAUCAUCAGUAAGUCGGAGAUAAUCUGUAAGUGAUAGCAUACAUCUUGCUUGAUUCUUUCUCAAACAUCAACUUGUCAGCUUCUCUUGUUCCCUCAUUUCGAUGUUUGAUAGUUGUUGAAAUGUUGAUGCAACUUUUUGGAUGUCCCCUAAACAGUGGAAAAAGGAGCAAAAAGUUGACUAAAAAAAAUCAAAAUAAUAAAAGCUGGUCUAAUAUUUUCCACCAGACUUCUCAAUUGAAGACUUGGUGGUAUGAUUAUACCUCUGUACUAUGAUCAGAUACCUAAUAACAGUUAAUAGGUAAAUUUUGCUUCUCAGUUAGUCGAGGCUUUUAUGAGCAAGUUCCUCUAUUUUUCGGAAAUGACAAGCUGUAAACUGUGAAAUAUUUUAUGGUUUUUUUCACUUUUUCCUUUCAUUGUUCUUUUGUGAAAUUUUAUAUUUGUUUUGAAGUAAAUAAACUGAUGUACAGAGUUUU